CACCCAAAAUGGCUGCCAAACAUUGAAAUGUGGUCGCCUAAUUUCCUGCAAAAUAUGACCUGUUUUAACAUUUGUAUAAUCAAUGCAUUCCAAAGAACAAGCUAAAAUUAACCUCUCUUUGUACUGAAAUUGCUACAGCUUCAUUGAAAGUAGAAAAUCUUGGUUUUAGUGAACAAGUUGCAAAUUUUAGGUCAACAUGGCGUCCGUUAACGUUGAAAAUAUUGAGCGUAAACUACAGGGUGUAUCAAAUACACAAGACAGCAUUCAGAGCCUCUCCUUAUGGGCUAUUCACCACAAAACAGAUGCAAAACAAAUCGUGGAAAUGUGGUUAAAGGUUGUCAAGAAAGCCCAUACAAAGCAGAAACUGGCAUUAUUUAAUCUUUGUAAUGACAUUGUCCAGAACGGAAAACGCAAGAAAGCUACAGUAUACAUUGAGGUUUAUAAGGAUGUUUUAAGAGAUGCUAUUGUUCUAGUCAAGGAUGAAUCAAUUGCAAAAAAUGUAACAAGGAUAUUGAAGAUAUGGAGAGAAAGACAUAUUUUUCCAAAAGACUUUUUAGCAGAGAUCACAGAACUUUAUGAAUCAAAAGAGAGUUCUACGCACAGCACACCUACACCUGUGGCUAAUCAUAGUUCUUCUAGUACUCCAACGGUAACAGCAACACAACAGCCAGUUGCUAAACCUGUUGCUACAUACCCAGUUAAUAUAGAUCCACAGGUUAUAGCAGAAUUUAAGCCUCAGAGUCUAAUAGAUAAGAUCAACAACUACAAGAGAUUUGAAGCUGAAGUAGAACUGAAAAGAAAACAAUUGUCAAACAUGAAACUGGAUGCCUCAAGUACAGAAGCUAUCAAACAGUUAAAAGACAAGGCUCAUGGUAACCAGUUUUCUAAGCAGUUUGAAGAAUCCUGCAAUAAGUUAGAAGACUAUGUUUCCAGUGCCAAUAAAGACCUGAUAGAGAAAGGAGCACUUAUAGAGAUGUUAGAAACUAGUCAAUUGUUUUAUGAAGAGCAGUAUAAAGAAGCUAAAAUUGUUGCUAAUGCAUACAAAAAUUUUGGAACAAGAAUAAACAAUUUAAGAAAGAGAUUAGAAGAUUUAGUCAAGUCCUUGCCAAGUCCUGUACCUUCACCAUCCAGAGAUGCUCCCUCCCCAGGGAAUACACCCCCUGAGGAUACCCUUGAUAAUAUUGAAUCAGUAGAUAUGGAUCUGGAUGACGAAGCAUCUAACAGCAUUAUUCCUAAGACAAUAACAGAAACGCCCUCUGUGGUAUUAGAAGAUGCUGACGAGAGUUAUGAUCCUGCAGCUGAUCCAUACUUACCAACACAGCCACAAUUCACACAACCAUUUACUGCCGAUACAGAUACUUUACAGAAUAUAUCGUCAAUGAUGACAACACAACACAGUGCAGCUCUAAGUCAGGGAUCCACUUACAAUGGACAUGACCCAAGAAAAUCUAACAAUGGAGGAGAAAUUCCUGUCUAUAAUCCUCCUCCAAAAGCUAGUGCCAUUAAAGUUUUGUCUAAACAGUCAAAUGAAGAAGGAGAAGGGACACCCGUGAAAGAUGAAGGCAGUUCUACUCCUGUUAUGGAUGAAAAACAGGACUCGCCUCCACCAGCUAAACAACAUCAGAAUCCGAUUGACUUUCUUACACAGAUUUUGGCAAAUACAGCAAAAACAACAGCAAGUGGGUCUAAUUUCCUUGCAAGUUUAUCAUUAUUAACAAACACUGUCAAAACACAAUUUCAACAUAAAAAGGAAGACACCACAACUAUAAACAAUCAACCAAUCAUGUCAGAACAAUCUGCAGGUUCAUGGGCAGAAUGGAAAGCUCAGAAUACAACACAGCAGCCACAGCCAGGGGUUAUUCCGCCAAUUUUACCACCUCCUAUGUUCCCACAGAUGGUUCAACCUCCUAUGUCACAACCUCCUCCAGUGAGUCGCUCCCAACCUCCUAUGAUCAACUCCCAGCUCCCAGUAUCAUCUCAAAGUCAUGUCCCUACAUCACCCCCUGUAUUGUCAACUGCAAACCCUCGACCCCAGUUGCAGCAUCCUUAUGGUCCAGUGUCUACUCCGUAUGGAAAUCCGGUGAAUUCCAACCCUGGUGGAAUACCAGAACCCUGGAGACCUCCAACUCUUGCCCCACUUCAAAGACCCCCCUUUCCUGGUUUUGCUGGACAACCCCCAGUGCGAAUGGCAGCAGGAGACCAUAUGUUGUCACCACCUCCUUGGAGACCGCCUCCCCCAAAUUCUCAGGCCCCUGUGAGGCCAUCAUCACAGCCACAUGAAGGACAUGAAGUGUGGGGAGAUUUCCAACAUCAACGGCAUAACACAAAUCUACAGUCACCACCACCUCAGAUGGUGUCUCCUCCAGUACAACCUAAAAGCAUUUUAAGAAACAGGACUUCUAGUCUGAGGGAAGUAACUUUGGUAGAAAAUGACAAUAUGGCAAUUAAUCCAGAACCACCUUCAGAACCUCCAAGUCCAAUUGAAGGUAGAAAUAAAUUUAUGAAGCCAGGCUCAGACUCGGGUGGUCAAGUGGCUGAUGAUCACAGAGAAUUUUUAGAGAAACUAAAGCGAAAGACAGCUGGAGGACCAAACCUUGUUUCACCGCCAGUCAUUGAUGAGGUACAAAAUAACAAUAAACCCAAGAUGUUUGCUACAAAUAGAUCAAGACCUAAUUUAACUACUAUAACUCCGGUAGACUUUGAUGAACCAGAUAAUAAUCACUUAAAUGAGAAUGAAAAUGGUGCACAAGAGGAAGUGAACAAUGAAUCAUUAAAUGCAAUAAGUGGUUAUACUGAUCAGGAGGAGUAUAAUCCAGAGGAAGGAAUGGAAGAGGUUAUAGAGGAAACAUAUGAUGGGGAGGCAAAUGAAUAUGAACAGCAGCCAGAAGAAGCCGAACAGUAUGAAGAAGUGCCGUAUCAUCCUCCCCCUCAUGACUUUAGGCCGCCAUUUCACAGACAUCCUCGGCCACCUCCUCCUCAUCAUGAACCUUUCUUUCAUCCACGAUUUCCUCCUCGUUUUGAACAUCCGUAUAGAAGGGACCCCAAUUUUCCUGAUUUUAGAGACCCCUAUGGUGGUCCUCCUCCAAAGAGGCCAUAUCAUGAUAAUUAUCGUCCCUUCAGACGACCUUUCCAGAGGUAUUAAUGUUAUUGUUAUAUUUUGUUGCUUGUUAACUAAAUACAGUUAGAAAGAUGAAAAGCACCUGACACAACUUUUGUUUUGAAUUGUUAAAAUGAUCAAAGGAUUUUGUAUGUUAAUGAAAUACUGUUGUCAUAAAAUCAGACUUAUAAUCAAGGAAAGGAAUGAAAGCAUAAGAAUUUUUAUAAAUUUUGAUAAGAAAGCCAAAUGUUUUUGGUGUGUUCUGGUAUCUCAUACUUCUACAUUUAAAGUCAUUUGUUUAACAGAAUUUUAAUUUUCUUAAAUUUAAUUAUUUUGUUGUAGAAUUCUUUAAUAAUAAAGUCUUGGAAGUUCAACAGAAUGCUUCCCAUCUUUCUGAUUGGUAAUUUGUUAGUAUAUUGUUGAGAGAUGGUAUGUAACUCAUGUUAGUGGUGUGUAAGAUAUGUGAUUUAUUCUUUUUCUUUGUAUCUAUGUAUGUAGAAAUUUUUCUAUCCUCUUAAAUAUUGUUUUAAUCAAAAAUAUUUCUAUUAAAAUGUGCUUGCAUUAGGCCCCUUAAACUUGAUAAUUAUAUUCUGGUCCAUUUGCCCAUAAUUGGAUGUGGAAGGAAAAUGUAAGGUUUUUUCUGGGCAUUAUUGAUAAAUAGCCAAGCAGAUUUAUUAUUGUAAGGUCAAAUAUUAAAGAUUAUGUUUCUUUUCCAAUAUGAAUCUGCCUGCUUAAAACCAUUGGGCCGAUUUGUAAGGUAUUUAGGCAUAUCAUUUUUUUAAAACUAACAUGAAACACAGCUAGAAGAAUCUAAUGCUGUUCUAGACUUUACAUUAAACAAAUUGGAGUUUUUCUUUUCUACUUUAAUUGCCAUACAAAACAUGAAAGUAUUGAAAUUUAAAUGACCAAGAAUGGCAACAAAUUAAAAAACUUUUUAUGUUGACCAUUUCCAAAGACAACAAAGUUUUAUUUCAUUUGUUUAUCUGAUUUCCCAUUGAUCCAGGCAAAGUGAUUUUCAGUUGGUUUCUGUAUAAAGUAAAAUCACAGAAAUACUGAACUCCGAGGAAAAUUCAAAACGGAAAGUUUUUUUGUUUUUUUUAUUUUAUAUUUUUUUUCUUGAUUAAAAGCCCUACAUACCUACAUUUUGAAAAAAUGGAAGGUCAGGUUUGGUGAAUUUUUUUUAAAGGUUAUCUCUGAAAACAUAUUUAUUUACAGUAUUAUUAUAAUAAUUUUUUUUGUAUCUACACAGUUUUUUUUCAGUUGUAGUAAAACUAUUUAAUUAGGAUUUCAAGGGCCAAAUUAGUGCUUUUGAAAAUGACUAAGGGCAUAUGAUACAGUUGCAGGGGAGGUUAUGAGGUCACUAACGUAAAAUGUUAUUUUUGGAGAAGUCAAACUGUGACAUGUCAGGGGAAAAGAUGCAUUUUACGACUGAUUUUUAUCAUUCAAACUGAUUUAACUUAAAAACAAGUUAAUGGACCUCUUUUUUUAAAAAUGACAUUUGAUUUGAUUAUGUAUGAAGAUUAUUUGUGCCAAUUUUUAUGAACAAAUCACCAAUGAAAUUUUUUGAAUUACAUAAAUACAUGCAAAAAAAUGCUUCGUUUUUAUUUUGGUAAUAAAAUCAUGCAAGUGAUAAAAAUUUAUUAUUUGCAAAGAAUUGUUACACAAAUUCAAGGCACACUCAUGUAGAGAAGAUGUUCAAAAUGUUUUUACAAAAAUCUGCUUGCGUUUAUCUUUUGCAAUAAAAAAUUAGGUUUGUCUUUCCAAAGGAUAGAAAUGUCUAAGUAACCGAAAUUUCCAGUAAAUGUCCAAAAUUUUGACCCCAUUUAUCUCUAAAAGUAGCACAUGAAGGUAUAUUUUUUAUUACAUAUUUGAAUUGAAUAAGUAAAAAAUAGCUUUGUAUGCAAACUUUCCUGAAAAAUUCACUGUGGGAUCAAAACUGUAUUGUUGUAGAAGUGAAUCUUAAAUUUAACGGUUUGUUAUCCCUGAUGCAAAGUUAAAUAGAAAAAUCUUAUCGGGACAUGUUAACAAAAAAAUUAUUGUUACUCUAUAAAGUACAGAUGCAAAGAACACAGUGUCAUAUACAUUUUGUUGAAUACUUUUUCUCCCAUUAUUUGAUUUAAAUAUGUGUAUGUGGUAUAUAAUGUAUUGUAAAAUUUGUAAAAUCAGAAAUUUGUGCAAUGUUUUUAUUAAUGCAAAUGAAUGUGACGGUGAAAUUCACAAUAGUAGACAUGCCCAUUUAAUUUCCUCUUGUAAUAUUUAGACAACAGUACAGGAAUUGUUUUAUCUAACUUGCAUCAUUGUGUUUUUUUUUUACGAUUUACCAUAAUAAAGACAUGCAUCAAAUUCUGAAUUUACAGUAUUUACUGAUAGAUCUCAUUUAUUUUUAAAAAAGAUUGCAAAAAUGAUACAACUGCAUUUGAUUUUUUUCUUGUAAUUCUUUUUACUGUCCAGAGCAUGUCAUCCAGGCAUACUUGAUUAAGCAAAUGAAAUAAUGUGUGGUUCAGGUUUCAACUAAUCUGGAUAAGGGCUGGUCCAGAAAUGGUUAUGUGAGGGUGUUAGAAGGCAAUUAAAGUUAGUAAUUGGGAGGUGGAUGUACAUGUAUUUACUUGAAGAAAUCUUUAAAAAUUUAUAUAGAAUUUUAUAUUGUAGAUGGUUGGAAAUUGUAAAAGUGCCUACUGACUCGCUUGCAUUAACAGCCAAGAAGUUUUAUUCGGGAAAAAAUUAUUCUGAAAAUGUGGCUUUUUUUUUUUGUUUAGCAUUGCUAGGUUGUUUAUGUUUGUGUUUAUUCAGUUUCACAAUCCAUGAAUGCCAUGUGAAGAAUGAUUUUGUCGUAAUAAUUUUUUUAUGAAACCUGAAGCACAUGUUGUGUUCUUUUCAAAAUGGUGUAAAAUUGCUUAAUUUGCAGGUUUACUUGAUAUGUGUGAAUUACAUAGGUUACAGUUUGUAUUAUCUAUGUGGUGAAUUCUAUUUGUUAUCAUGAAAAAGAGGUAAUAUGCACAUUGUAUGUCUGUAUAAGAGAAUCAUGUUGUACAUUUUCCCAUUGUUUGAUAGUGCUUUUAAAUCAUGAAUGAUAAUGUGUCAUUGUCACCUUACUUGAAACUAAUCAUGUUGUCAUGUAAAACUUUGUUCUUCUACAGCAGGAUAAAAAGUUUCAACAUAAAAUUUUUACAAGGUCAUAUA